CUGGCAACAAUGGGCAUAACUAAACACUGAGACAGGUCUAGAAAAUAACAUAUUGAAAGUUUUGAAUUACUUUUAAUUUUUAAUUCUCUUUUUGAUCGAAAGCAAAUCUUAUACGGAUUAUAUUUUUAUUAUCCUACAAUUUUUUUAAAAUAUUCUUCUUAAAAUUUGUGUGUGGAAACAUUCAUUGUUACAUUUUAUUAAAGCAUUAUGUCAUGAAUAAAGAAAUAACCUAGAAACACACGUUUUUAAUAAAUUUUUAAAAUGGGCAAAAAAACUAAAGUCGGUAAACAACGAAAAGAUAAAUACUAUCAAUUAGCAAAGGAAACAGGUUACCGUUCCAGAGCUGCUUUUAAAUUAAUUCAAUUAAAUAGAAAAUUUGGCUUUUUGCAAAAAUCUCGAGUAUGCAUCGAUUUGUGUGCUGCACCUGGUGGUUGGAUGCAGGUGGCCCAUCAAAACAUGCCUGUAUCUAGCAUUGUCAUUGGUGUUGAUUUGUUUCCCAUCAAGCCAGUACCUGGUUGUAUCGGUCUUACAGAGGAUAUAACAACUGAAAAAUGUAAAACGGCUAUUAAGAAGGAAAUUAAAACAUGGAAAGCUGAUGUGGUGCUUCAUGAUGGUGCCCCUAAUGUUGGUUUAAAUUGGCUUCAUGAUGCCUAUCAACAAGCUUGUCUUACGCUCAGUGCUAUGAAACUAGCUACCAAUUUUUUGAGGGAGGGUGGUUGGUUUGUUACAAAAGUUUUCAGAUCCAAAGAUUAUCAUGCACUGUUAUGGGUUUUGAAGCAAUUCUUUAAAAAAGUCCAUGCUACAAAACCACAAGCAUCUCGUAAUGAAUCAUCAGAAAUUUUUGUUGUUUGCCAAGGAUAUAUCGCACCAGAUACUAUUGAUCCAAAAUUCCUUGAUCCCAAAUAUGUAUUUGAAGAUUUAGAAAUAGUUAGAAAACAACAUAACAAUAUAUUACACCCUGAGAAACAAAAAAAGGCGAAGGCUGAAGGCUACAAAGAGAAUGAUUACACAUCUCAUCAUAAAAUUCCAGUAUCUGACUUUAUUAUUAAAGAUGACCCAAUAGAUUUACUACAAGAAUGCUCAGAGAUUGUAAUUGAUGAUGUUAGUAUUGCGAAGCACCCUAAAACUACAGAGGAGAUUAAAAUAUGCUGUAAAGAUAUUAAAGUUCUUGGUAGGAAAGACCUAAAAGCAUUAUUAACUUGGUUGAAACAAAUUAAAGAAUGGAAAACUUCACAGGAGAAUGAAACCAACAAACUUGAGGAGAAAAACAUUGAAAUUGCUGGUGAUGAUAUUCAAGAAAAAGUAUCAGAUGAAGAUGACAAGGUGGAUGAAGAAAUAGCUGAGCUUCAGGAUGAAGAAAGGCGGCUAACAAAAAGAAAGAGAAAACAAUUAAAUAAACAACGACAGAAAUUAGCAGAAAAGAUGAAUCUAAAGAUGGUGCUGAAAGGUGAUGAUGGACCAAUAUUGGAAAAUCAUGAUAUGUUUAAAUUAUCGGACAUAAAAAGUGCUCAGGAAUUGUCAAGGAUUGUUGAUCAACAGCCUGAUAUAGUAGCAGAGGCAAGUGAAGAAUCAGAUGAUGAGCCGAAAAUAAAGGCAAAAUAUAUGAAAUAUGAUGUAGAGUCAUCUAAAUUGGACUCAUCAGGGCUAUACUACAAAGACUCAGACAGCGAAUUGGAAAUGGAAUCUGAUUCGGAAAGCGAAAAAGAUAAAGAAUCUUUAGCUUUCUCUGACUCCGAAAAUGAAUCGAAGAAAAUUGACAAAUUAACUCAACUAAACACAUUAAGAAACAGCAACAUUAGUAGAGCUCCCACUAUACCUAAAAAUAAUCCUUUACUAACUGAUCUAGACAAUACUGAUCCUGUAUCGAAGAGAACUUUGAAAGCAGAAUUAUGGUUUCAAAAGGACUGCUUUAAAGAAAUUGAUGAAGAGAAUGAUGAGGGUGUAGAUUUAGAUAAAUUGGUUGAAACAUACAAAGAAAAAGGAAAAAAAAUUAGUGAAGAUACUGUCACAACAAAAUCUGAUGGCAAAAAGUUUAGCAUGAAGCGAAAGUUAAGUGAGAUAGGGAAAUCGGAUGUUGAUGAUAGUGAUGGUGAUACAGAUGAUGAUACCUCAGAUAGUGAUUAUGACGUGGAAGAAACUGUAAAUCCUGACAAUGGUAAAGCUGGUGUUAAAGCUGGGAAAAAAGAUGAUUUUGAGAUUGUAUCCCAAGACCCAGAGUUGAAAAAGUUAAAAAAAUCAAUUAAAAUGGAUGCAGAAACGCUAGCUUUAGGUACUAUGAUAGCGACAUCAAAGAAAUUCAAAAGGGACAUAAUAGACGACGCAUGGAAUCGUUAUGCGUUUAAUGAUACUAAUCUUCCAGAUUGGUUCGUAGAAGAUGAAAAAAAGCAUAUGAGGAAACCAAUUAUUGUUCCUGAGAUAUAUUCAGAGGAGUACAAAAAUAGGCUACAAGAUAUAAAUGCAAGACCAAUAAAGAAAGUAAUAGAAGCUAAAGCGCGGAAGAAGAAACGAAUGAUAAAACGGAUGGAGCGAGCUAAAAAGAAAGUUGAAGCCGUAAUGGAGAAUGCUGAUAUGUCAGAAAGAGAAAAAGCACAGCAAGUUAGACAGUUAUAUAAAAAGGCGCAAUCAGAUGGCAAAAAGAAAGUUACGUAUGUGGUUGCUAAAAAACACAAUACGGCAAAACGUAUGAAGAGGCCAAAGGGAGUUAAGGGGCAGUACAAGGUUGUCGACCCAAGAAUGAAGAAAGACCUGCGCGCGCAGAAGGCAAAAGAAAAGACUAAAGGUCGCGGUAAAAAGGUCAAGUCCAAUAAAACUUCAAAACAGAAAGGGAAGAAAGUUAAAUAAAUAGUUAUUUUUUAUAAAUAUUUGUUGCAAUAUUCAGUUCAAUUGAAAGAUUAAACAGCUUUUUAUAAAAUGUCUUUUAUAUUACACGUGGAAGUUCACUAAUAAAUAUGGUAAGUAUAAUUUCUUGUAAAUUAACUGUAAAUAAUAAUUAUUUUUUACAGUACAUAACAAAUAUAUAUAAUUAUUUGAUAUUAGAAAACAUUUGUCGAAAAUCAUUAUAUUUUAGUGUUUUCUAUUAAUUAGGUAUUAUUUACAAUAUUAGUCAGUCGAUAUUAAAAAAAAAUAGUCUAAUCAGUACGUCGUCACCUCUAUGGCAAAUUCAUGAAUCUGCAGUUUUUUCAAAUUUGACAUUUCUUUAAAAAUCUACAUUUUGCAUCAUACUACUUAUUGUGGCUUAUUUUCAAAUUUCUAUCUCUAACGAUUAAAGAAAUCCACUAGCUCGAAUACAUAUUUUUGUGAUAUAGCCAAAGUAAACUUACUUAGCAUAUUUUUAUAAUAUUUUCUAUAAUAAACACUUUAAUUUGAAAAUUUCAAUAAUUAUUUUAUCAAUUUUUCAAUCCUAAUUUAGUUAUUUUACAUGAAUCAUUGCUAUAACGUUGUUAUUUAAACUGAAGUUUUCUCCAAAACACAUGAUUUAUACCUUGGUAUAUUUACGAAAGUGGCACUUUCGUUAAAAAAAUGAUUUUCUUUGGCAACUUACGAAACUGCCACUUUCGUAGAUUUGCUGUUGUAUAACUCAAUACCCAGAAACUCUCAUGUUGCAAAGUAACGAAUAUGCAUUUAUUUCUGAUACUUGUAAUAUAAUAAUAAUUAAGCGCAUACAAUAAAAAACAGGAUUUUAAAACUAAAAUGUUAGCAUGAUCUUUUACAGUAGUCUUCUAUCAAAAGUUAUUUGCAUUCUAAUGUUUCAAAACGUUCCCCUGUAAAAUUUAUCUUUUUCAGUUUCGUAAGUUUACCAUAAAGGUGACGACGUGUAGAGGUUUCACACAUAAUAUUAUACUUAUAGAAUUAGAAUUAUUAUCUAAAAAGACUAUAAUACGUGUUGUAUAUAUAGCUAGUGAUUCAUAAGACGUAAAAUAUAGGGCGUCAUCGAUUACACAUGAAAUAAAUCGUUACGUUAUUUAUUACCAUAGUAA